AUGUUACCAACUGUACGGGCCUUUAUCGUUGCGGGUUUUGUUAGUUUUGUUUCGAAUUGGCAAUUUGGAUAUCAAGUAAUACACAGUUUUUCACCAGUUGUAUACUGUAGAAAAAAUAAUACUGAACAAAUUUGAAGAUUACAUACGUAAACACAGCCUCGGAAGACUUCUUCGACCUCUACAAACAUGCCCUCGAGUUGAAUGAGACAGUUACAGUAGUCACGGAUUGGGCUCAGAAGUGGAGUUUGGUUGUUUCCUCUUUUUAUCCGGGGACUUUCCUUGGAUUUGUCGCUGUAAGUCUAACAAAAUAUUUGUUACAGUAACCUCAUUUAGGUGCCUGUUCUUGUGAAUAAAAUUGGAGUCAAGAAUGGGAUGUUUUACUCGUCGUUCCCAGCCGUUAUUGGCUGUUGCUUAAUGAUUUUUGUGCAGAAUUUUGUCUUGAUCUGUAAGUAUUAGCAUUUGAUUUAUUUCAAAAUUUUACAGCACCAACUUGUUUUCUGGCCGUUUUAAUGUUUGGUCGAUUUUUAACAGGAAUUCAAAGUGGAUGUUCCUUAUGUUUAUUACCUCUAUUCUACCACGAGACCAGUGAUAAAGAGCAUCGGGAGUUUUUAGUCGCAUUACAAGUAAGGAUUAGUUGUCAUCAUCAAUACAAGCUUACUAAUAUAUUCCAAAGUUUGUGACUAAAUUUAUUUUUUAAAGCAAGUAUUUCAAGCGGUUGCAACGUUCGUUGGAUUUCUUUGUGGCUCCAAUUUGAUUUUCUCGACAGGUAUAGUGAUAUUAUGGCAUCAUAUCCAUGUUUAGGUUACACAAAGGUCGUCUGGCUGCAGAUAAUAGGGCUAUUUCCUUCUGCUCUCGGCUUAAUAUUCUUUUUUUGGUCUCCGAAAACCCCUAAAGUAAUCAUUGAGUCUAGUAAGUCAAAGUCCUACGAUCCAGGUAAGGAUUACUAAUACGAAAUGUGAAGAGUAAUACUUUAGCCUUAUACAAAAGCGCCCAGUUCUACCAAGGAUCUGAUGCUGAUCUUUGUAUAUUCGGACUGGAAGCAGAAGUGGCAUCAGAAAGACUAAAGAUCAGUGAUCAAAAAUAUGACAAUAAGAUUUUAAAAUCGGAUAUUAAAGUAAGUAUUAUAGCUACAGUUGAUAAUUAUAAGCGAAGCAUGCUCAAAGAAACUGUUUUUUAGGGUGGCAUCCUCGGCUUUAUUGCUGGUAUUAGCUUUGGGUUCACAGGAGACGACUUGGUGGACUCAUAUUCAACGGAAAUUCUCUAUGUGAGUACUUGUUGAAGUUGCUGAUUACUGUUUUAGAACCAUUCCCAUGGUCCGGUCGCUGCUGUCACAGAUAUUGCCCUUUUAAUGGGACUUAUCUUGAUUGGGUCAAGUGUGGUUGGAGCCUUCUUGGUAUGUGAACUUUAUAUGGAUUAAUAUGGUUCCAAAUCCAUGUUAUAAAUGCACUCAUAAUAAUCCUUUAGUUGGAUCAUUAUGGAAAUAGAAUCAUGCUGAUCUACGGACUGAUUGGAACAGCCUUUGCCAAUGUUCUCUCUUCAACCGGUUCUUUUUUGGGAUCCUGGAUGUUAACUGCCUCAGGCAUGAUUCUCACCAAAUGUUUCAUCGGACUAGGCGCAGGUGCUCCAGCUUGGUUUCUCAGUUCGGAGCUGGUCUCCCAGCGCAACGCUUCAUUAGCUCAGACAAUUUCAACGGGCUCUUUAUUAGUAGUAGUGGGAUUGUUGACUUCCUCCUUUUUGUCAGUGGAUCUUCUGAUCCCGAAUUGGAGCCUGAUGUUGAUGACAAGUGUCCCGGCUUCUAUUUGCGCCCUUAUUUUGUAUUUAUUCUUGCCGGAAACAAAAGGAAUCAGAGCGGAUCAAGUAAAUCCGCUUCUCAACGACAAGUUCUUCUCCGGCCUGAAGAGUCCCUUCGUCCGAUCCUAUGGAUCUAUCUCGACUUCUAGACUGUCCCAAUAA